GGAGUUUCAAAAUGUCCAACUUUCGGACCCUACCAGUAUACUCCCUGCCCUGGGUUCCAGGCUAGCGCUGGUAAUAGCCCCGGAGAGACCUUGGCAAGCAAGGUAAAUAAAGGCGCACCCUUAUCUUUCUUCCCUUCAGCAUCCAGUUGAUAUAACAUGGCGAAAAGAAAAGAGGAUCGGGACCUUGAACCGGCACCUAAUUCCCUCGCUGGCCUUCCUACCGAACUCCUCGUAAUCAUCGUCAGUGACCUUGUAACCAGACGGGACCUCUUCUCUCUCGCUCGGGUCUGUCGAAGACUCAACGACGUUGCCAUGACGUGUUGGCUGCGUUCCCGGACGCUGAAACGAUACAGCACUUUCUCCCCAGGCUGGCCGAUGCCAUUUUCCACCUUUGCGGACCUUCGCCUAUGCUUUGCCACAAAACCCCAUAUCCCAUCAAUGACCCUCACAUUUGGCACUCAGUAUAUAAAGGAAUACGAGGAAUUCUCUCGAUACGUCGACACGAUCCCAAGCGACCGAACGUGCCCAAUCCUUCAUAUCAAGUUACAUAUGCCUCGCUUCCCAAUAGAUACUCGCGCAUUCAAUGCCUUCUGCACUGAGCUCACAGAAUACAACAGUGUCGCAUCUUUCCAAGUAAUUCAACAAUCAGGCGAGCGUGUCCACAUGAGCCUCCGGGAUACAAAGGGCCCAAACCACCAACCUAUCUUCCAUCCACCACCAUUUACAACUCUCACUGAAUUGCAUAUCCAAUCUGUAUCUAAGCAGCUCGAUGAUUGGCUGCUCCGCUCAGUAGCCGCCUCUCCUAUUUGCAACUUAACCAUUCUUGACAACGCCAGUUUACCAUACGGUCGUAUCUGCCUCCCUACCAUUCGCAAAUUAACCUUGGGUGAUCGGACUAUGACAACGUCCCAGUUAAUCCAGUUCCUCUCGGAUGAAGCGCAUUCCUCACUACGCGAGCUUACCUUCAUGCCGAAGGCAGAGCCGUAUUGGGAGAUACCUGUAAAGGGACGGUUGAUCCCUCUUAGCAUGAACGCAAUGCCCAGCCUUACUAGCCUCGCCGCCGAAUUCAAGGUUUUAACCAAUCUCCUUGUUACACCAGAAGCUUUUCCGAAAUUAGAACGCGUGGAAGUGUAUGGCAUAGGUAGUAACGAGUCUAGUGCAGCGGAGGAUGGUGCAGAGCUUCUAACAAGGAUAAUGUCCCUGCCCAGUGUGCAUUGUGUCACCUUUCCUGUCGGUGCGUUGGAAUCGGGGGACUGGGAUAAUCUCAGCGGUAGCGGGAUUGUCUUGCCGAAUGUGAUCAAGUUGAUAGACCAAUGGAGUCUUCGAGCUCCAUCGAUACUAUCUCAAGUUAGAAAGGUUUUUCCAAAUGUCGUUGGCGUUGAUAGUCCUAGUCAAUCGCAAGCAUAGACAUAAAUCGGAAUUUUUCUUCCGACAGACUUCGGAGAUUGAGACUGAUUUUGGAC